GGACACUAAAACCACGCUGAUUGCUUGCUUUGUGCGGAACAACAGUGGAGAAGCAAUUGACAACUGAGUGAGGCAGGAGACGGCACAAGUUUAGAAAGAAUCACCAGGAGACAAAGGAGAGCGAGCUGCUUUUUACUGUGGCAUUUAGAUGGACGUGAAAGAGGAAAGGUGUGAUGCUGACGCAAAUAUAAUGGAGAGAAUGACCAUAACUGUUAAGGAAGAAGACUGUGAAAGGGAUUGUGUCCAACCUGAACAGGAGAGUGUGAGCAUUAAAGACGAGAACUGUGAACUGGGGUCAGUAGGCAUUAAAGAAGAGGCUGAAGAGAAGUUUGUCAGCAAUGAAUCUGACAUCCAUGCAAGUGAGGAGAGUGUCAAAGAAGAAGACCUUCGUUAUGGGUGUCAAAAUGAUGCAGACACUAGGUUAGUCUCUGCUCAAAGCAGACACUCUUCAUCUCCAGAGUCUUCUUUCAAUGUGAAGUCUGAAUCAUUACAGUCUGACACAGAGGAGAUUGAAGAAAUGUCAUCUCUUAGAACUCUGGAAGGACAGCCGCCGCCUACAAGGGCGUCUGCAAAAAGAAUCAAAGUUUACGGCUCUUCUGAAUGUGGUAAAAGAUUCUCAGAAAUGAAUAAACUUCAGAGCCAUGAAGGAAUUCACACAGUGAAGAAGCCAUUUUGCUGUUCUGAAUGUGGCAAACAAUUCAAUCAGAUGCGUAGUCUUCUGUGCCACAAAAGAAUUCACACAGGAGAAAAGCCAUAUUCUUGUGCUGAAUGUGGUAAACAAUUCUCUGAAAUGAAUAAACUUCAGAGCCACAAAAUAAUUCACUCAGGGGAGAAGCAAUAUUGUUGUUCAGAGUGUGGCAAACAAUUCUAUCACAAGCGUAGUCUUCAGAACCACAAAAGAGUUCACACAGGAGAGAAGCCGUACUGUUGUUCUGAAUGUGGCAAACAAUUCUAUCAGCAGCAUAGUCUUCAGAGCCACAAAGUAAUUCACACAGGAGAGAAGCCAUAUUGCUGUUCUGAAUGUGGUAAACAAUUCUAUCAGAAGCGUAGUCUUCAGAGCCACAAAGUAAUUCACACAGGAAAUAAGCCAUAUUGCUGUUCCGAGUGUGGAAAACAAUUUUAUCACAAGAAUAGUCUUCAGAGCCACGAAAGAAUGCACACAGGAGAGAAGUCAUAUUGUUGUUCAGAGUGUGGGAAACAAUUCUAUCACAACCGUAGUCUUCAGAGCCACAAGAGAAUUCACACAGGGGAGAAGCCAUAUUGUUGUUCUGAAUGUGGCAAGCAAUUCAAUCAGAAGCGUAGCCUUCAGUGCCACAAAAGAAUUCAUACAGGAGAGAAGCCAUAUUCUUGUGCUGAAUGUGGUAAACAAUUCUCUGAGAUGAAUAAGCUUCAGAGCCACAAAAUAGUUCACACAGGGGAGAAGCAAUAUUGUUGUUCUGAGUGUGGCAAGCAAUUCUAUCACAAGCGUACUCUUCAGACCCACAAAAGAAUUCACACAGGAGAGAAGCCACAUUCUUGUUCUGAAUGUGGCAAACAAUUCUAUCAGAAGCGUAAUCUUCAGAUCCACAAAGUAAUUCACACUGGAGAGAAACCAUAUCGCUGUUCUGAAUGUGGCAAACAAUUCAAUCAGAAGCGUAGUCUACAGAGUCACAAAGUAAUUCACACAGGAGAAAAGCCUUAUUGCUGUUCUGAGUGUGGUAAACAAUUCUAUCACAAGAGUAGUCUUCAGAGCCACAAAAGAAUGCAUACUGUGGAGAAGUCAUGUAGUUGUUCUGAAUGUGGCAAACAAUUCUAUCACAUGCGCAGUCUUCAGAGCCACAUAAGAAUUCACUCAGGGGAGAAGCAAUAUUGUUGUUCUGAGUGUGGUAAACAGUUUUUUCACAAGCGUAGUCUUCAGAGCCACAAAGUAAUUCAUACAGGAGAAAAGCCUUAUUGCUGUUCUGAAUGUGGUAAACAAUUCUCUGAAAUGAAUAAACUUCAGAGCCACAAAAUAAUUCAUACAGGGGAGAAACAAUAUUGUUGUUCUGAAUGUGGCAAACAAUUCUAUCACAAGAGUAGUCUUCGGAACCACAAAAGAAUGCAUGCAGGAGAGAAGCCAUUUUCUUGUGCUGAAUGUGGUAAACGGUUCUAUCAUAAAAGCAGUCUUCAGAGCCACAAAAGCAUUCACACAGGAGAGAAGCCAUAUUGCUGUAUUGAAUGUGGCAAACAAUUUUCAAAAAGAAGUCAUCUUCAGGACCACCAACGAAUUCACACAGGAGAGAAGCCGUAUUGGUGCCCUGAAUGUGGGAAACAAUUCUCUCACAGUACUAACCUUCAGAGUCAUAUUAAAACUCACAAAGGAGAGAAGCCAUAUUGCUGUUCUGAAUGUGGGAAACAGUUUUCACAAAGCGGCCAUCUUCAGAGACACAAAAGAAUUCACACCGGAGAAAAGCCAUAUAGUUGUUCUGAAUGUGGCAAGCAAUUUAACUGUCCUACAUAUCUUCAGAACCACAAAAGAAUUCACACCGGAGAGAAGCCAUUUUGCUGCACUGAAUGUGGUAAGCAAUUCUGUCGCAGGAGUACUCUUUGGAGACACACUAGAAUUCACACAGGAGAGAAGCCCUAUUGCUGUAAGGAAUGUGGCAAACAGUUCUCCCAUUGGAGUAAUCUUCAGAGCCACAAAAAAACUCACACUGGAGAGAAGCCACAUUGCUGUAAUGAAUGUGGCAAACGAUUCUAUCGCAGGAGUAAUCUUCAGAGCCACUCAAGAAUUCACACUGGAGAGAAGCCGUAUUGCUGUAAUGAAUGUGGCAAACAGUUCUGUUUCCAGAGUACUCUUCAAAGACACACUAGAAUUCACACAGGAGAGAAGCUAUAUUGUUGUAAUGAAUGUGGCAAACGAUUCUCUGACAGGAGUGCUUUGCAGAAACACACUAGAAAUCAUACUGGAGAGAAGCCCUAUUCUUGUUCUGAAUGUGGCAAACAAUUCUCUCACUCGAGCACUCUUCAGAGCCACAAACGAAUUCACACUGGAGAGAAGCCAUAUUGCUGUUUAGAAUGUGGCAAGCGAUUCUGUCGCAGUAGUAGUCUUCAGAGCCACAAAAAAAUUCACACUGGAGAGAAGCCUUAUUGCUGUAAUGAAUGUGGCAAACAAUUCAGUUACCGGAGUAAUUUUCAGACCCACAAAAGAAUUCACACUGGAGAGAAACGAUAUUGCUGUUCUGAGUGUGGCAAACAAUUUGCGCAGUUGAGAAGUCUUAAGAAGCACUCUACAGCUCACACAGGAGAGAAAGGGGAGGCUCCAAAGGAUUAGGUUGGUGGGUAAAAAAGGAGGAAGGAGAACUGCAACCCUUCUAACUACUCAAAUCUUGAUUACUACCCUUUAUGUGAAGGGCUUUAUUGUGCAACAUGUAUAGCAAAUCUCAUAAAGGCAAAACUAGCCCUAAUAGAAUAAAGUGUCCAAAAAACGCAUGUCUGCCAGGAUGAAAAGGUGCCAUCCCUUUGCCUCAGCACUAGACUAGGUGAUGGUGAUAGUACAAGACCUCCAAAGUGGGUGACAGUCCAGAUGGGCAGUGCUGUCCAACCACAGUAAAGCACACAAGACUACAAAAGUGUAACUUGUGCGAGAAUGCUGAAUGUAGCUCAGAGGAGAUCAUGUACUACUGCCUUUACGUAGCAAAUCCAGAAUUUCUGGCUAACGGAUAUCCCAGGAAGGCUUGCACCAGAACUGGAAUCUAGAAAACAAAUCCUUACAUUCAAAGAAAAUUCAAGAAAGAUCACCAAAGCAAACCUAAGAGCCUUAAUUGUAAUAACUAAAAAACAAAGCAAAUGAGGCAAGACGUCUAAAGCACCUAUUAAGAUCAGGAAAAGACGCAGGCAAAAAGUCAAGACUCGGAAACAAUGAGAGCAAAGACCUGGGAUGAAAAGGAGGGGCCUCAUAUGGUGUGGCAUUUAUGUAAACAUAUGAAAGCAUCAACAGCCAAACCAAGUAAAACAAGAAGACACAUAUUUGAAAAGAAAUUCAGAAAUAAAAACCCCAAACAUGAACAGAAACUGGUCGUUUUCAAGAUAUGGAAUGUCCCAACAAGCAACUGAUUCUCAUGUGACAGGCAAACAACAGAGAGAGAAGAUUUGGAGGACAUUUCUAAUGGCUUUCAGUUGUUUGAUGUAUGUCCAUUCCUUCUGUUUUCAACCUGCCAAAGGACACAAAAGAUGACAGCACCAGAUGCCCUGGAAGUAGAGUGACUAGAAAUGUAAAAGAAAAUCAAUAACAGUAUUGUCUGGGACUUAUUAAAACUGCUGGAAUGAAAUUAAUAAUAAGAAAUACCUUCAAUAGAGGACAAAAAAUAAAAUGCAGGAAAGCACAGAUGAGCUCCUAGUCGUGAUUGUUAUGGACAACGACACAAAUACAGAGAAGAGAGAAGUUAAUGAGAACGUCUUUAACUGACAGUAAACACAGUGUUUAUAUAACUAAGAUCAACAAGGCCACAACCGGCAUAAAGCAAACCCAUCAGUCUAAUAAGCAUUUAGUCAACAGGAUUGGGAGUGUGCAAAAUUGAGAGUAUGGAGAAAUGGAUAAAAGUACAGUCCGAAAUGAAUUGAAGAGAAAGUGUCAAGACCUGCAUGGAAGGUGUGAGAAAUAACACAAAGUCCAAACAAAAAUCUGAAAUCACAGAAUUGUCUGAUAAGGUAUGAAGACUUGACCUUCACAAUGGUUUAAAAUCCUGACAAAAGCUCAAUGUGAUUUUUUUUUCAGGAACAACCCAAAAACAUUUCUGACAAAUUUUAGACGGGACACCCUGUAAGUAAGUACCCCGCCAGACAAAAAUGAAAUUGAAAUAUUUUGGAGAAGCAAGAACACAAAGAAUCAGACGGAUUAAGCAAACAUCAGAAGGACAUAAAUUAGAGGUGUGAAAUAACCUGAGGUGACAAAUCAAAGAAAUAGCAUCCAAGAUCGAAACAUAUGCUAACUGAAGGACACCCGGUUCGAAAGACUUGCCCAACUGCUGGCUUAAACAGCUAACAGCACUGCUCCAGGAUAUGACCGAGUGUAAGGACCUCUUAAUGCAACAUCUGCAGAUGACAGCACAGGGAGCAAAACUCCUGCUUCUAACAUUACAGCAAAUCAAACCACCCAAGACUACGGUUCCCUAACUUGCCUCUCCACUGUAUGUACUGUAAGGGCUUCACAGGAGUAGACGCCAAUAGAAUGUACAGUCUCUAGGGUCCAGUUACCUUAAGGGGAAAAGAACAGAAAAGGAAAACAAAAGGACAUAUGGCAUAAAAGACCGUCUAUUGUUGUUAAAAGGUCAUGUGGCACAAAAGACACAUCUGUUGUUACAUUAAGUAAUUAAGGAGUGCAGCAAAAAGGACCAAAGCCCAAGUACGUAUGCCAUGGAUCGACUCAAGAGAAGUCUUUGAUAGCAUACCACUGCACUUGGAUCCUCAAAGACUUCGAAGGGUAUGAAGUCCACCCUGCUUGUAACAGGUUUGUCCUCAAUCCCCCUGCACCACUGACGGCCACCCCUGCUGCUUCACCUUGACAACGGCCCAGACAUAAAAAUGAGAGGAAUAGGGCUGGACAAUGUAGUGAAUUUUCAGUUUGGCAUGACAUUUAUGAAAAAUGAGUAUUGUACUUUUGUUUGAUUUUUUUUUCCCCCCCCACUUGUACUACUGUUAAAUAAAAUUUGCAAAAUCUCCCCUCCUCUUUCGAAGCACAACGAUGCCGACAGCCCAUUUUGCCUGGUUGUGGUGGUGAGUGAGGAUCGGAGCAGAAGGAAGAGUUUAGAACAGGGGGGUGUUCGCUCUGCCGUGUGGUAAUAGUGAAGGUUUCACAAGGGGUGACAGUGCAAGCAGUACAGGAUCUAAAGAUAAAACACGUUAUUACAUUUAAAGAGGCCAUCCAAGCACAUAUGGCGCCUGUAACGAGACCAGUCAGGUAAGCAACGUUCUGUACAAAGUUCACUACUGUGUUGGCGCACCACGUGUGCGGGUUGAAGGAGCUAACAGCUGCAGUGACUUGUCAUAUUUCAAAACAUUUUUGCCUGCUUAACUUGCGCUUGUACUUUGUCGGUGGUCAGAUCUGACCACUAAUUCACACCUAAAGCGUUACAUCUGCACAGCGUAACACGCACUCUCUGUAUCCUCUGUGUAUUGAAAUGCUACAAGCGCGCAUUAAAACCGCGACCCUUUUCAGUAAAUUCUGUGUAUCAGUUAAGGGGGAAAAUCGCAUUUUUGACCAUUUUAUUUUCACUUUGAGGUUUUUUUUUUUUCAUUUUUAAUUAAGCUUCCUAAUUACAAUAAAAUAAUAAUUAUUAUUAA